AUGGAUAAUACCUACAAGGCUACAAUCUAUACGUUCAUGACCGAGUAUUCUGAUUGUGGAUCAAGCUAUCAGAAUUACGUUUCAUCAGUUCUAAUUAGGCAACAUAUAGAAGAUGCAAGUGACUUGGUGUCAAAACGCAGAAAAGUUCGUACUGCUCUCACUGCCUGGAAAGCCUUGCCGAUAUCCAAUCUUUCACGGGGUUUCUCCUUGCCUUUGCUGCCUUGUUCAGAGCUUACUCCCCUUUUUUGCCAAGAGAGAUGGAAGAUUGCAGGGACUGCUGAAAUAGUGGAGCCUUUAGAACCAGAAUCUCCUGCUGUUGGUGGAUCGAUGGAGCGACUGGCUGUUGCUCCAGAAACACCUACAGCUAGAUCUUUAGGGCAAAUCGAUGUUGCCCCAGAAACACCUACAGCUAGAUCUUUAGAGAAAAUGGCUGUUGCUCCAGAAACACCUUCAUCUAGAUCUUUAGAGCAAAUUGCUCCAGAAGCACCUACAGUUAGAUCUUUGGAGCAAAUUGCUCCAGGAACACCUACAGUUAGAUCUUUAAAGCUAAUGGCUGUUGAUCCUGAAACACCUAGCAGAUCUGAACAAAUGUCUGUUGCCCCAGAAACACCCAUAUCACAGUUAGCGGCUACAACACCACCUGAGACUCCAGAGAGCCUCAGAAACUCUCACUCGGAUACAGUAAGACCAGCUCAGUCAUUUCAGAUUACAGAGAAGGAGCCAUCAAGCAAGAUUCAAGGAUUCAACCGCACUCUGAUUACCGAGGUAAAGAAAUUAAGCAAGCUUUAUUGUAAUGUUGCUUUUCUUUUAAGAGGCAGUAAAUGCUGUCAUUGCAUAUUGCAUGUAGACUGAGGUGUAUAUUACUUGUGCUCGUGUAAAUUUGUAAUCGUACUUAGCAACAAUUCAACAGAGAACCCAUUGU